GAUAAUUAUUGACUGGACAACAAGCCUGCCGCAACCGACUUCUGUGGUGCAGACUCCUCUUCAACACGGGCAUGAAACUGACAGGAGCUGCUGUCUGGACCUCCUCGGUACCGGGCUGAGUCGUGUUUAUUUGGAGUGAGACGACAGCUGUUCGUGGGACAGACACGAUGUUGUUCUGGCAGAACUACACUGAGAACUUCCGAGCCCCCGUACAGAGACACGAUGGCAGCAGUUACACACGCAGAGCGCAAGUACAGUUGGACACAAUGACGGAAGCACGAAGACCUCUGAUUGGCUGAUCCCCCUGCGCUGGGUACAGACUGCAGCCUCUGAUUGGCUGAAUGCUGUCCUGGCAUCCUUCCUGAGGCUGGCGGUAGCAGCCCUGCAGGCUUCACAGAGCGACAGUCUGUAUGCUGAGGGAGCCAUGUUGAUGCCUGGUUUUGUGUCGACCGCUGCACUUUGGAUGGUUAAAGGACUGCGUCUCAAGGAGCGGGAGCCUUAGCGGUGAUUCCAGCACCGCGAUGAGAAGAGGAGCGCGGGUUGGGAUGGUACAGGGAGCGCCAGAAGAGAGCUGCUCUUCUUAGGAUCACCGGACAUCAACGGUUGAUUCAAAGCAAGUGAAGUUGAUGCUAGUUAGCCUGAUAGCUAGGUAGCAACAGCUGUGCGGACGCUGCGUGGGAUGCGGCGUGUGGACUAAAACAAAAUCCUCUUCUCAGCUUGUUGCAUUUUGUUGGGCUAACGUUAGCUAGACUGCUUGAAGGCUUUGGGGUAACAACGGGGCUGCUGGAUUCACGCUAGCUUGCUUUAGUUGCUUUUGUAAAGCUCGCUAGCUUUUAGCUAACGUUAGCAUGCUGACAAUCAGCUCACAUCUUCAGUCACGACUAACAUUUGCUAGUUGAGUGGACUCUAACUGAUCGUUACUUUCAGACAGUCUGCCAGUCGUGGAGCACCGUGUCGUGUGACAAAAGUCCCCCAAAACCCCACCGAGUGGCGUUAUGGCGAUACAUCCAGUCUCUGUGGAAAGCUACCGAUUCGCUUGCCUAGCUUGCCAAGGAGCGGCUAACGGGCUAGCAGCAUAACUUUCACGGUGUCACUUUAGCUGUAGAGCCCACUUCCUCGCUAGCCGACCUCUUGUAGCUGAAGCAAGCUGGCGGCCCUCCGAGUAGAAGCCGAGGACAAGGAGCUGGGGCCGAUGGCCUGGGUGCUGAAGAUGGACGACGCCUCCAUCGAGUCGGGGCUGGUGCACGACUUCGAUGCCAGCCUGUCCGGCAUCGGGCAGGAGCUGGGGGCUGGAGCCUACAGCAUGAGCGAUGUGCUGGCUCUGCCAAUCUUUAAGCAGGAGGACUCCAGCCUUCCUCCUGAAAGCGAGACCAAAAAUCCCCCAUUCCAGUAUGUGCUGUGCGCCGCCACCUCGCCUGCCAUCAAGCUGCACGACGAGACGCUCACAUACCUGAACCAAGGCCAGUCUUACGAGGUGCGUAUGUUGGACAACAGGAAGCAGGAAGAGUUACCAGAGAUCAACAACAAGAUGGUGAAGAGCAUAGUGCGUGUGGUGUUUCAUGACCGCCGGCUGCAGUACACAGAGCACCAGCAGCUGGAGGGCUGGAAGUGGAAUCGUCCUGGCGACCGUCUCCUUGACAUCGAUAUCCCCAUGUCAGUGGGCAUUGUGGAGCCGAAGACUCACCCUUCCCAGCUCAACGCGGCAGAGUUCCUGUGGGACUUGAACAAAAGAACUUCUGUUUUUGUGCAGGUGCACUGCAUCAGUACAGAAUUCACUCCCAGGAAGCAUGGGGGAGAGAAGGGCGUCCCCUUCAGGAUCCAGUUCGACACGUUCGCCCAGGGAGACGGUGGAGAGUACACAGAGCACCUCCACUCUGCCUCCUGCCAAAUCAAAGUCUUUAAGCCAAAGGGGGCGGACCGUAAGCAAAAGACUGACAGGGAGAAGAUGGAGAAACGCACACCUCAAGAGAAGGAGAAGUACCAGCCUUCUUAUGAUACCACUAUCCUGUCAGAGACGAGGCUUGAGCCCAUCAUAGAGGAUGCGGGUGACCACGAGCUGAAAAAGUCCAGCAAGCGGACACUUCCCGCUGACUGUGGCGACUCCUUGGCCAAGAGAGGCAGUUGCUCCCCGUGGCCAGACGCCUACGUCAGCCCCAACCAGGCAGCUACUCCCUCCUUCUCCUCCACCCCACUCUCCACCUACACAACGUCCUCAGUACCGGACAGUGACUCGUCCUCACCCAAUCACCAGGCAGACCCUAGUAGCCAUGGCAACUCGGAGGUUAGUCUCCACCCAUCUCACCUGUAUGAGUUGGUGGAAAAGUUGAGCCCCACGGCCUCCAUACAGGACUCACAGAAGUGGCUGCUGAAAAAUCGCUUCAACUCCUAUACACGGCUCUUCUCUCAUUUCUCAGGUUCUGAUUUGUUGAAGCUAACCCGGGACGACCUGGUCCAGAUUUGUGGGCCAGCAGAUGGUAUCAGACUCUUCAAUGCACUUAAAUCAAGGUCAGUGCGUCCCAGGUUGACAGUGUACGUCUGUCAGGAGUCUCCCCAGGAGAGCCCCCUGCUGGAGAGACACGCCACCAAUGAAAAUGGAGAUCACAGCAUUUCCUCUAGUUUACACGUGUAUCAUGCUCUGUACCUAGAGGAGCUCACAGCUGCAGAACUGAUCCGCAAGAUGGCGUGUGUGUGCAGCCUUCCACUGGGAACGAUCAACCAGGUGUACAGACAGGGUCCUACAGGCAUACACAUCCUGCUCAGUGACCAGAUGGUUUACAACUUGCCUGACGAGAGCUGUUUUUUGAUCAGCACUGUCAAAGAUGAACUGGGCGAAGGGCUCCAUCUAAUCCUGAAGUAGUGGGGGAGGACAGAUGGCAUCACUAAUACUCCACCCUCUGUUUUGGAGCAGAAGCCUCCCUCUGUCCCCCUCUGCCUGCCUCUACUCUUGCCUCGUACUUCCUCCCGUUCUCUCCAAACAAUCGCUCGAUGGGAAGCAGUCAGACUGCGCUUAAAGCCAUGUAAAUGUUAGAAUCUGACAUGGGUGUGUCCACUGUUUCAUAUUGAAAACACUAUUAACAGAUGAGAUUAGUUCAGAGGAGAGACUGGGGGGGGUUUAGGGAGUUAGGGGACAGAUAAUGAUGUAUCUAUUUUUGAUUUUAUGCUUUUAUUUUUUGUCUUUUAUAUGAUUUCUGCGGGGUAAAGGUAGAGAGGGGGGAGAGAGACGUUCAGGCCGGCUCGAGAAGGAAAGAAAGAAAGCAGAGUUUCCUUAUUGCUCGUUGCCCUUCUUACACAACGCGCACAACCAGCACUAGGCCAGUAUUUGAUAACCUGUACUGCUGAACAGCAUGCGAUCUCAACAUACUAACCUGCUUAAAUGAGAAUCCCAAAAUGUACUCUGCUUGUUAAACAUUCUUGACAGGGUUGUCUUAAUAAACCAUUUAUUGAUCAGCUGAGCUUGGUAACCCCAGAAAUAUCCAGGCUACAUUUGUGGAAGUGGCGUCAUUUGUGGAUGUUGAGACCAACAUUCAUUUCUUUUGUUUCUUGGACUUUGUCAGACGAACUGAUUUCAUGAACUCUUGUCACAGAGUCAUCCUUUUGUGAUUUUAGACUUCCAGCCAUAUCUCUCUGUCUGUCGACGUCACGCUCGGCUCAACUCUCUUCAUGUACGUCCUGUUUGGCCUGCGCUUUUACUGUUUUUAGUUGAUGCUUUAUUUAUAGAUCAGCUGUUUCUAUUGCUCUCAUUGAAUUUACUUGUUUCUUGUGCCAUAUUGGCUUUUUUAGCGCAAAUCUUUUACUCACUUUCACAAACACAGUGCACAUGCACCUCAUCUUUGACUCUUCUGCUUUCUGUGCUGACUUUGAAACACUGGUUUAGAGGAGUGCGGGUUAAGCCUUCUGGGAUUUUGGCCAUAAAUAUACAGAAAAAGAGGAAGACGCCUCUAUAGAAGACUGACAUGCGGAGCACUAACGCCUAUUCAAAAACCUUCUAUAAUGUGGACCAAACGGGUUUGAGAUCAGUAGGCCAUUCUUUUUUUGAAAAGCCUCAUUGGCUCCGUACUUCUUGAUCAUUAGAAGCAUUCAUAGAAUUGAUCCGGUGGCGAAUUAAACCGUAAUUUAGUGGAGUAGUUGCUGCAUGUACAUAGUUAUAAACCCUCCAUUCCAGGAUCUGCUCAGCGGGAAACAACACACCACACAGUAGGUUGGUAGAAAUGUAUCACAGCCGCAGCCUGGUUUAAUAAUCUUAUCCUGUAGAAAAUCAUGGCAGCUCCACAUCAAUCUUCAAAAUCUCGUGUUUUUAAUGUAGCUGAACACAGGAAGUAAAGGUCAUGUGUGCCCUUUUGAAAGGUCCUCUGAGUCGCCGUUGGUUUAGUUGACCCUCUUUUAUUUUGGUACACAAUGUCUGGCCAUGUUGAAAGUUCAUACAGUUUGCACGCCUCUAAGUGUCAGAGUGUGUGUGUGUGUGUGUGUGUGUGUGCAUGUGUAUCAUUUUUUUGUUCUUGCAAAGAAAACUUAAUUAUGUCAGUAGUUUUUCCCAACUUUUUCCUGUUGGUAUGAUGAAACUGUGUUUAGCUUGCUGUUUAGUAAAAGAGCAUGUGGAAGAUGGGGGAAGGAGGGCGGGAGGGAUCAUUUGGUUCUUGAGUGUAACACCUUGUUUUUCCAUAUGUUAGAGACUAAGUCUGCACUGAGAAAUCACAAAACUCAAGCUCGAUGUGUAGUCAGUAGUCCUACGACCACACCCUUUUCUUACCCGCCUAUAAGAAGGAGAACAAAAAAAAAAGAAGAAUGUCAAGACUAUAAAGCAUCUGUGUUUUUGUCUCACCGUGCUCCAGAGCCAGGACUGUAGCUCUUGUGGUGUUUACAAGGACAUGAGUACCACAGCACAGUAAACUGUUCAGUAACAGAGCGGAUGUGAUACCAAGCCAGGCAAACUCUGGUGAGCAGUUUUGGUCCCCUGAAGACCUGACCAGUCGUCUGUCUGUGUGUGUGUGUGCGUGUGUGUGUGUGUGUGUGUGUGUGUGAGAGAGAGGGAGAGAGAGAGAGAGAGAGUGACCAGGAGAGGUGACCACUGUUCAUGUACAGCCUAAUGUCAAUGAUGAUGCUUCUCAUGUGCACAGUAUCGUAUGCUGGAGAUGUACACAACCACAUGUGCUGGGAAUAAAUGAUUUCAUAACUUUC